GAGUAAGUCCAUUUUUGUUUUUAUGCGACUGCCAUAUUUUGGUGCCUGUUUGUAAAUUUGACAUCACUUUUUUGUUUUUUUUUUUUUGAAAAAGGUGAAUUAAAGACCGAAAUUUUUAGACUUAAAAAAAUGGUGUUGUGUUCAUAUUUUGGUUGCAAAAAUCGCAGUGAGAGGAAAACACCAGGAAUAACGUUUCAUAGAUUUCCCCUUAAGAAUCCAAACAAAUUGCAUGAAUGGGUUAAACAAAUGCAUGUUGUUGACUGGAUGCCCACAAAACAUACCAGGUUAUGUUCUAAACAUUUUGAAAAAAAAUGGUUUUAUAAAACUAGUACCAAAAUGUAUUUAUUAGAUCAGGCAGUUCCUACAAUAUUUGAGGAGAUUUCAAAAUAUGUACAAAUAAAGGAUAUUAAGCAAUCUCCUUCAGAAAACAGAGCAUCUUAUACUUCAACCUCCUUAGAAACACCAUCAACUUUAUCACAUGCAAAUGAUUGUAAAAAUCCAAAGAAGAAAUCAUUGAUAAGACAACUAUUUGCAGAAAAAGUCAAAAAUGAACAGAAAACAAAACUAAUCAACAUAUUGCAUCAGAAAGUUAGACGAUUACAAAAGAGAGUUGUCUUGCUUAAACAAAUUAUAAAAGAUUUAAAAAGAAACAAGAAAUUAAGUUCUCAAAAUUCAGUGUUAAACGUAAGACAUGAAAACGUAAUAAAUAUUUACUGAAAUUAAGAAAGUUUACUAUUACAUUGUGGUUUUCCCCGGAAGGUUAUGAUUAUGUUUGAGACUUGCUUGUCCAUAGAAGCACCAUUGGGAAAUGGUUUAAAAUCAUUGAUGUCGAUCCAGGUUUCACUUCUGAAUCCUUCGAUGUAUUGAAGAAAUAUGUUAUCGCAAAAUCGCAAAUAAACAUUUUAUGACUACUGUG